AUGAAUAGAGAAAAUCAUUCAAAUUUUCCAACACAUCCGAUCGAUACGGGAAAUCAUGCAAAUCUUCCAGCUCAUUCGAUCGACAGAAGAAAUCGUGCAAACCACUUUCGAACUUAUCCGAUCGACAGAAGAAAUCAUCGAAACUUACCAGCUCGUUCGAUCGACAGAUCAAAUCAUCGGAAAUUUCCAGUUUUUUCGAUUGACAGGGAAAAUCACCGAAAUCUUUCAGUUCAUUCAAACGACGAAGGAAAUCAGCCAAACUUUCUAACCCAUCUAUUCAACAGAGGAAGUCGUGGAAAUCUUUCAACUCAACGGAUAGACAGAGAAAAUCAACUAAAUCGUGCAACUCACCUGGCCGAUAGAGGAAAUCGCGGGAACCCCUUAACUCAUCCGAUCAAUCGAGAAAAUCAACUAAAUCGUGCAACUCAUCCGAUCGAUAGGGAAAAUCGCGGGAACCCCUUAACUCAUCCGAUCGACCGAGAAAAUCAACUAAAUCGUGCAACUCAUCCAAUCGACAGAGAAAAUCAACUAAAUCUUGCAACUCACUUGAUCGAUAGAGAAAAUCGCGGGAACCCCUUAACUCAUCCGAUCGACCGAGAAAAUCAACUAAAUCUCGCAACCCACCUGAUCGACAGAGAAAAUCACGGAAACCUCUCAACUCAUCUGAUCGACAGAGAAAAUCAACCAAAUCUUCCGACUCAUCUGAUCGACAGAGAAAACCAACUAAAUUUUGCAACACACCUGAUCGACAGAAAAAGUCACGGAAACCUUUCAAACCUUUCAACUCAUCCGAUCAACAGAGAAAAUCAACCACAUCUUUCGACUCAUCUGAUCGACAGUGAAAAUCAGCGAAAUCUUCCAACUUAUUUGAUCGACAAAGAAAAUCAACCAAACCCUUUAACUCAUCAUCCAAACGACAGAGAAAAUCAUUCGGAUCUUCAAAUACAUCCAAUCGACAGCGAAAAUCAUGAAAACCUUCCAACUGGCCCGGUUGACCGAGAAAAUCAUGCAAACCAACCUCUCCAUCCGAUCUUAAGGAUGUUGCAACGACACAUGUAUGUUUAA